GGAAAUACUGUGGUGUCACUGUUCAGUUACAGGAGUGUGGCAUGCAAAGGUCACAGCAAUUCAAGGGAAUCCGCAGAAGAAGAUAACACAUGGGUUUGAAGAAGAGUUUCAUUUCAGAGGGAAAAUGAGAUAAACCCCCUCAGAUGGACAGCAGUUCCGUCAGUCUCAAGAAGCUCAAGUUUGGGAAGUUGAAGGUGGUGCGUCGGCACUUGCUGCAGCGGUAUGAACAUCAGCCCUUCGUCUCCUGCCUGGCGGGGCUCUACAGCUGCCGGUGGAAGCGAUAUCAGCGGAGAAGGACUGAGCCAGGACAAUGCUGCUGCAAGAUGUGGGAAUGUGUGUUCUUCCCGUUUCUCGUUGGAGCAUUCUGCCUCUCUUUGGUCUUUCUGUACAUGUGGGGGGAAGCAAAGAAUGACUACAAUAACUUUGACUGGUACAACUAUGGAAACGUAGGCCACUGGUUUCUCUGGUCUGUUCUUCUUCUGAUUCUAGCUGCAGUCUUGUUUACCUACAUCACACUGUUACUGGUUCUAGCAGUGUGUUUGCUAUCAGAAGGUCAGCAGUUGUACCUGCACUGGAGUCACAAGAUUGGAACUUUUUUGGUAUUGGGCUUCUCCAUAGCUGCCAUCAGUGUAUUUUCUAAACUGUGGGGAGUUCGAUGGAAAACUGUCCGCCUGUCAUUUCAGGUCACAGCUCCCUAUCUCCACAUAGGUGCAAUAGCAGUCAUGGUCCUUCUGUCUUGGCCAGUGGCUUUGCAUGCCUUCCGAAUGAAUAAAAAAGUGAUUCAGGCAAUAAUUAUUGGUCCAUACCUGGCUAUCCUUGUCCUUCUUUUCUUGAUACCUCUGGGGAUGUACUCUCCCUGCAUCAGAGAGGUGGGAACUCUGGGGCCCAAACCAGCCCUCAUUGGACACAGAGGAGCACCAAUGCUGGCUCCAGAAAACACGGAGAUGUCAUUUCAGAAGACAAUUGAACACGGUGGGGAUGGUCUUGAGACAGACGUCACAAUUAGCUAUGAUGGGAUUCCCUUCCUGAUGCACGACAGCAACUUACAGAGGACAACAAACAUCCGGGAGGUCUUUCCCAGUAACUCCACUCAGAACGCUGCAUUGUUUUCCUGGGAUGCCCUAGAACAGCUGAACGCAGGAAAGUGGUUCCUCAAGGACACACCAUUUUCAUGCAUGGGCUCACUGUCAAGUGCAGAUCAAAAACUGGCAAUGAAUCAAUCAAUUUACAAGCUAAGUAAUUUCUUGAGACUUGCAGACAGUGCGAAUAAACUUGUGAUAUUUGAUCUCUACCGCCCUCCAGAGAAACAUCCUUACAGGAACACCUGGAUCAAUACAACCCUGGAAGUGAUCCGUGACUCAGGGAUUAACCCUCAUCUGGUCCUGUGGCUGGACAACACUAUGAGAUCCUUUGUUCAGUCUGUAGCUCCCGGGUUUCAGCACACCAUGGCCAGUAAGGCCCCAGUUGAUCAGCUAUUGAGAGACAAUGUUGUGAAGCUCAAUCUAGUCUAUUCUGCAAUGUCCAGUGAAGAUAUCCGGAAAUACGCUCAGGCCAACAUCACCACCAACCUCUACGUGAUCAGUGAGCCAUGGCUCUUCUCUCUGGCCUGGUGCGUGGGAGUGCACUCUGUGACCACCAAUGCUGUACACUCUCUGAAGGACAUCAACCGACCUCUCUUCCUCAUGACUCCAAAGGAGUACAGAAUAAUGUGGCUUCUCACAGAUGCAGUCGCAGCCCUGCUCAUCUCACUCAUAUUUGCUCUGCAUUGGUGGAGAGAGAAGGGCUUCUCCUGUUGUUCAGAUGACAGCGGCGUAGUGCUCGAGAAUGGUACAUACAACAAAUUCCGAACUGAGCUCAAUGAUCUGCCGACUGUCGUGGUCUGAGAGAGCAAGGCCAGCGGUGUGGUGCUGACUUCCUACUUGUCACCCGGAGAACAGGGAGCUAUGGCACCGUACAGACACUGAAUUGGGAUCAAGCCCGGAGAAGCCAGGUGCCGCUGUGCUGUUAGCUGAGCUGGCUCAGUAGGGAGGCCUGUUGGUCAGGGCACUGCUUGUACAUGACUAUGGCAGUGGAGUUCGGAUGAGCCUGAAGGACCUUUUAACUCUGUGAUCCCACGCAGAGGGCAGCUAGUCUCUGGGACUCAGCUUGAUGGGUCCCCUCCCUUCAGAAAUGCCUAAGACUCCUUCCAUAGGCCUCUCCCCAGUGGGAGGCUCCAGGGCCUGCUUGGGAAGGUGGCUGGAUGGGCGAGCAGCUGUAGCGGCCGGCUGUCAACAGAUAUGAGGAAGGACCCUCCCAGCGGAACUGAGUCUGUCUCUGUGCGAUCGCUGGCCUUUAACACUGGGAGAGUCACCUGGAAAAGCACCUUUUAAUAAGUGGAUUUAAAGCUGCUGUUGGUUUAAGUAUUUUUGUAUGGAGGAAAUAAAACCCACCUGCGGAGAGAGCAUCGGUCGGGCUCAGUGAGUUCACAGGGAAGGGAAGGGAGGGUUGGGACGACAGUGUGUCGAA